GCAGAAAAGUGCUGGCCUUCUCACUAUGGAUAAAACAAUGUGGAUUCCCAUUUUUCUCAUCUCCGCGCUACCCGGUGCAGUGUGGGGAGAGACGCAUGUAACAGGAGUUGUGGGAAGAGCGAUCACAACCGAUUGUCACUAUGCAACAGAGUACCGCUCACGCACAAAAUACUGGUGCCGUGUGCAGACUUCCGAAUGUACAGAUAUGGUGCAAACAAAUGGGCAACACGGACGGAGUGGAAGAGUGUCAAUCACAGAUAACCCGGCUCGAGGAAUAUUUACUGUGACUGUGGAGGAUCUUCACUCUGGAGAUACAGGAUGGUACAUAUGUGGAAUUACUACACCUGGCGAACCAACAUUUAAAGUACAUCUCCAAGUAUCUGAAGAACCCGUCUCUGUUCCUGUGCUUCGAUUUCUGUCACCAGCCAAUGUCUCCUGUCGCGGGGGCUCCGUGACAGUGUCCUGUGAGUCGGUCCGGGGAUCCCUUCCCAUUAACAACAGCUGGUAUGAAAAUACCCCAUCUGUGGAUUCAAAGAUCUCAGACAACAAUACCCUGGAUCUACAUUGUCAAUCAUUCAAACACCAGCACCACCGAUAUUAUUGCACAGCCUCAAAUCAACGUGGAUCAAAAUCCAGUGAAAUGGUCAACGUGUCCAUCUCCAGCAGUGACGUGCCCUGCAGUUUCCUAGUGACAAUAAACGACACUGUUUCAGGGGCUAUGUGGGGAGAGAGGUAUGUAAGAGGAGUUGUGGGAAGAGCGAUCACAAUCGAUUGUCACUAUGAAGAAUAUUACCGCUCAGACACAAAAUACUGGUGCAAUGGGUGGACUAUCCACUGUAAAGUUUUAGUGGAUACAAAUGGACAACACGGAUGGAGUGGAAGAAUGUCAAUCACUGAUAACCCGUCACGAGGAAUAUUUACUGUGACUGUGGAGGAUCUUCAGUCUGGAGAAUCAGGAUGGUACAAAUGUGGAAUUGAUCAAGAUGGCACGGAUCCAUUCUUUAACGUACAUCUCCAAGUAUCUGACGAACCCGUGUCUGCUCCUGUGCUCAGAUAUCUGUCACCAGCAAAUGCCUCACGUCUCGGAGGCUCUGUGUCAGUGUCGUGUGAGUCUGUCCGUGGAUCCCUUCCCAUUCAUUACACAUGGAGUGAGAAGAACGAGCAUUGGGUUUCAACGAUCUUGUCUGGCAAUCAACUGGAUCUGAGUUGUGAAAUCCUCGGAGGUCAACACCGUCAAUAUUACUGCACAGCCUCAAAUAAUCGUGGAUCAAAGCCCAGUGAAAUAGUCAACGUGAAAGUCUUCAAAGGAGCAGGAACGUGCAGUUAUGUGACAGAAAUGAACAAUGCAGUUUCAGGUGCACUGUGGGCGGAGAGCGAAAUAAGAGGGGUUGUGGGAAGAGUGAUCACAAUCGAUUGUCACUAUGCAGCAGUGUACCGCUCACACACAAAAUACUGGUGCCCUGGGACAAGGCGCCAGUGUACACAUUUAGGGGAAACAAAUGGGAAACAUGGACAGAGCGGAAGAGUGUCAAUCACAGAUAACCCGGCACGAGGAAUAUUUACUGUGACUGUGGAGGAUCUUCGCUCUGGAGAUACAGGAUGGUACAGAUGUGGAAUUACUGCACCUGGCGAACUAACAUUUAAAGUACAUCUCCAAGUAUCUGAAGAACCCGUGUCUGCUCCUGUGCUCAGAUAUCUGUCACCAGCAAAUGCCUCACGUCUCGGAGGCUCAGUGUCAGUGUCGUGUGAGUCUGUCCGUGGAUCCCUUCCCAUCAAUUACACAUGGUUUGAGAAGAACGAGGAUGGGUCUUUAACGAUCUUGUCCGGCAAUCAACUGGAUCUGAGUUGUGAAAUCCUCGGAGGUCAACACCGUCAAUAUUACUGCACAGCCUCAAAUAAUCAUGGGACAAAAUCCAGUGGAAGUCUCAAGGUGAAAAUCUUCAAAGGAGAAGGAACGUGCAGUUAUGUGACAGAAAUGAACAAUGCAGAACCCGUGUCUGUUCCUGUGCUUGCAUUUCUGUCACCAGCCAAUGUUUCCAGUCUCGUGGGCUCAGUGACAGUGUCCUGUGAGUCGGUCCGGGGAUCGCUUCCCAUUAGCUACAUCUGGUAUGAAAAGACCCCAUCUGGGGAUUCAAAGAUCUCAGACAACAAUGCCCUGGAUCUACAUUGUCAAUCCUUCAAACACCAGCACCAUCAAUAUUAUUGCACUGCCUCAAAUGAUAAUGGAACCAAAUCCAGUGAAAUGGUCAACAUGUGCAUCUCCAGCACUGACGUACCCUGCAGUUUCGUAGUGAAAAUCAACGGCAGUGUUUCAGGUGCAAUGUGGGGAGAGAGGAAUGUAAGAGGAGUUGUGGGAAGAGCGAUCACAAUCGAUUGUCACUAUGAAGAAUAUUACCGCUCAGACACAAAAUACUGGUGCAAUGGGUGGACUAUCCACUGUAAAGUUUUAGUGGAUACAAAUGGACAACACGGACGGAGUGGAAGAAUGUCAAUCACUGAUAACCCGUCACGAGGAAUAUUUACUGUGACUGUGGAGGAUCUUCAGUCUGGAGAAUCAGGAUGGUACAAAUGUGGAAUUGAUCAAGUUGGCACGGAUCCAUUCUUUAACGUACAUCUCCAAGUAUCUGACGAACCCGUGUCUGCUCCUGUGCUCAGAUAUCUGUCACCAGCAAAUGCCUCACGUCUCGGAGGCUCUGUGUCAGUGUCGUGUGAGUCUGUCCGUGGAUCCCUUCCCAUUCAUUACACAUGGAGUGAGAAGAACGAGCAUUGGGUUUCAACGAUCUUGUCUGGCAAUCAACUGGAUCUGAGUUGUGAAAUCCUCGGAGGUCAACACCGUCAAUAUUACUGCACAGCCUCAAAUAAUCGUGGAUCAAAGCCCAGUGAAAUAGUCAACGUGAAAGUCUUCAAAGGAGCAGGAACGUGCAGUUAUGUGACAGAAAUGAACAAUGCAGUUUCAGGUGCACUGUGGGCGGAGAGCGAAAUAAGAGGGGUUGUGGGAAGAGCGGUCACAAUCGAUUGUCACUAUGCAGCAGUGUACCGCUCACACACAAAAUACUGGUGCCCUGGGACAAGGCGCCAGUGUACACAUUUAGGGGAAACAAAUGGGAAACAUGGACAGAGCGGAAGAGUGUCAAUCACAGAUAACCCGGCACGAGGAAUAUUUACUGUGACUGUGGAGGAUCUUCGCUCUGGAGAUACAGGAUGGUACAGAUGUGGAAUUACUGCACCUGGCGAACUAACAUUUAAAGUACAUCUCCAAGUAUCUGAAGAACCCGUGUCUGCUCCUGUGCUCAGAUAUCUGUCACCAGCAAAUGCCUCACGUCUCGGAGGCUCAGUGUCAGUGUCGUGUGAGUCUGUCAGUGGAUCCCUUCCCAUCCAUUACAAAUGGUUUGAAAAUAACGUGUAUGUGUGGUCAACGAUCUUGUCUGGCAAUCAACUGGAUCUGAGUUGUGAAAUCCUCCGAGGUCAACACCGUCAAUAUUACUGCACAGCCGCAAAUAAUCAUGGGACAAAAUCCAGUGAAAUACUCAACGUGAAAGUCUUCAAAGGAGCAGGAACGUGCAGUUAUGUGACAGAAAUCAACAAUACAGUUUCAGGUGCACUGUGGGCGGAGAGCGAAGUAAGAGGGAUUGUGGGAAGAGCAAUCACAAUCGAUUGUCACUAUGCAGCAGUGUACCGCUCACACACAAAAUACUGGUGCCCUGGGACAAGUCGCCAGUGGACACAUGUAGGGGAAACAAAUGGGAAACAUGGACAGAGCGGAAGAGUGUCAAUCACAGAUAACCCGGCACGAGGAAUAUUUACUGUGACUGUGGAGGAUCUUCACUCUGGAGAUACAGGAUGGUACAGAUGUGGAAUUACUACACCUGGCGAACUAACAUUUAAAGUUCAUCUCCAAGUAUCUGAAGAACCCGUGUCUGCUCCUGUGCUCAGAUAUCUGUCACCAGCAAAUGCCUCACGUCUCGGAGGCUCAGUGUCAGUGGCGUGUGAGUCUGUCCGUGGAACCCUUCCCAUCAAUUACACAUGGUUUGAAAAGAACGAGGAAGGGUCUUUAACGAUCUUGUCUGGCAAUCAACUGGAUCUGAGUUGUGAAAUCCUCGGAGGUCAACACCGUCAAUAUUACUGCACAGCCUCCAAUAAUCGUGGGACAAAGCCCAGUGGAAGUCUCAAGGUGAAAGUCUUCAAAGGAGCAGGAAAGUGCAGUUAUGUGACAGAAAUGAACAAUGCAGUUUCAGGUGCAUUGUGGGCUGAGAGCGAAGUAAGAGGGGUUGCGGGAAGAGCGAUCACAAUCGAUUGUCACUAUGCAGCAGUGUACCGCUCACACACAAAAUACUGGUGCAAUGGGACAAGUCGCCAGUGUACACAUGUAGUGGAAACAAAUGGGAAACAUGGACAGAGCGGAAAAGUGUCAAUCACAGAUAACCCGGAACGAGGAAUAUUUACAGUGACUGUGGAGGAUCUUCACUCUGGAGAUACAGGAUGGUACAGAUGUGGAAUUACUAUACCUGGCGAACCAACAUUUAAAGUACAUCUCCAAGUAUCUGAAGAACCCGUGUCUGUUCCUGUGCUUGGAUUUCUGUCACCAGCCAAUGUUUCCUGUCUCGGGGGCGCAGUGUCAGUGUCCUGUGAGUCGGUCCGGGGAUCGCUUCCCAUUAGCUACAUCUGGUAUGAAAUGACCCCAUCUGGGGAUUCAAAGAUCUCAGACAACAAUGCCCUGGAUCUACAUUGUCAAUCCUUCAAACACCAGCACCAUCAAUAUUAUUGCACAGCCUCAAAUGAUAAUGGAACCAAAUCAAGUGAAAUGGUCAACAUGUCCAUCUCCAGCAGUGACGUGCCCUGCAGUUUCCUAGUAAAAAUCAACGGCACUGUGACCAAUGCCAUGUGGGGAGAGAAGCGUGUAAGAGGAGUUGUGGGAAGAGCGAUCACAAUCGAUUGUCACUAUGCAGCAGAGUAUCGCUCACACACAAAAUACUGGUGCAAUGGUUGGUGUAGCCAGUCUACAGUUUUAGUGAAAACAAAUGGGCAACACGGACGCAGGGGAAGAGUGUCAAUCACUGAUAACUCGGCACAAGGAAUAUUUACUGUGACUGUGGAGGAUCUUCACUCUGGAGAUACAGGGUGGUACAGCUGUGGAAUUACAACAUCUGCCGGCCUUAGAAUGGUUCCCGUACAUCUCCAAGUAUCUGACGAACCCAUGUCUGCUCCUGUGCUCAGUUAUCUGUCACCAGCAAAUGCCUCACGUCUCGGAGGGUCAGUAUCAGUGUCGUGUGAGUCUGUCCGUGGAUCCCUUCCCAUCCAUUACACCUGGUGUGAGAACGAGGAUGGGUGUUCAACGACCUUGUCUGGCAAUCAACUGGAUCUGAGUUGUGAAAUCCUCAGAGGUCAACACCGUCAAUAUUACUGCAGAGCCUCAAAUAAUCGUGUGAUAAAAUACAGUGAAAAUCUCCACGUGAAAGUCUUCAAAGGAGCAGGAACGUGCAGUUAUGUGACAGAAAUGAACAAUGCUGUUUCAGGUGCACUGUGGGCUGAGAGCGAAAUAAGAGGGGUUGUGGGAAGAGCGAUCACAAUCGAUUGUCACUAUGCAGCAGUGUACCGCUCACACACAAAAUACUGGUGCCGUGAGACAACUCGCCAGUGUACACAUGUAGUGGAAACAAAUGGGGAACAUGGACAGAGUGGAAGAGUGUCAAUCACAGAUAACACGGAACUAGGAAUAUUUACUCUGACUGUGGAAAAUCUUCACUCUGGAUAUACAGGAUGGUACAGAUGUGGAAUUACUACACCUGGCGAACCAACAUUUAAAGUACAUCUCCAAGUAUCUGAAGAACCCGUGUCUGUUCCUGUGCUUGGAUUUCUGUCACCAGCCAAUGUCUCCUGUCUCGGGGGUUCAGUGACAGUGUCCUGUGAGUCGGUCCGGGGAUCCCUUCCCAUUAGCUACAGCUGGUAUGAAAAGACCCCAUCUGGGGAUUCAAAGAUCUCUGACAACAAUACCCUGGAUCUACAUUGUCAAUCCUUCAAACACCAGCACCAUCAAUAUUAUUGCACAGCCUCAAAUAAACUUGGAUCAAAAUCCAGUGAAAUGGUCAACGUGUCCAUCUCCAGCAGUGACGUGCCCUGCAGUUUCCUAGUGGAAAUCAACGGCACUGGACUUGAAUAUUCUUGUCAAACUUCAAAAAGAUCCAAGUAUACUUCAAGGAUCAAUUACAUAGUUGUGUCUGGUGUCACUGUGCUUCUCCUGAUUCUCAUCAUUGCCUUCUUUUGGUACCGAAAGCGUAAAACCGAGGAAUCCAAGUACAAUACAUCACACGGUGAAGACAACAAUGAAACCCAGGAAAUGGCAGUGUUGGAAGGGGACCACGUUGAUGCAAAGCUGCAGCAACUUGGAAACAACAGGGCAGGUGACCAUUUGGAUAACAAUGAAGAUGAAAUCACGUAUGCAGUGGUGAAAUGUCAAAGGAAGACAAGAUCAAGGCAGCAUGUGGCUGAAAACGCUGUCGUCUACGCAGAUGUCAAUUUUCAUCGCAACUGCCCAAAGGGCAUUCGGAAACCCCACUCUCCUGGGACUCCAGAGAACCCUGAGUCAAUCUAUGCCUCUGUCGUUUCUUAG